AUCAUUGUAAUAGACUAGGGAGAAAAGUACAGAGAUUGGAAUCAUUACAGUUUUUUACAAUCAAUUUUGCACUAAUAACAAAACCUUCAUGUCAUUUUUCAAAACUCUAGACACAUAAUUCACAAACCGAUGAUCAAAAUGCACCUUUGUCACAAAACACUUAACACUUUUUCCAAAUGCUUGGAGACAAUACACAUGAGCCAAAGGUCUUUUGUUCAUUGAACUAAAAUCACCGGUUCAAAAUGACACAACUUGACAUCAAAGUAUUACUAUUUCAAAAUACAACUCAUGAAUUACAUCUGAAUUGAGUGUCUAUUCAUUUCAUUACAAUGAUCUAACUAUCAAUUGAUACAACUGCUAAAUGUGUUACGUAACUGUUGCAUAACUCUUGAAGCAUAGUUUUUAUGGAAAAUGAUGAAAGCAACUGAGGACUGAGUAUGUUCAGGUAUGAUCAGUUUCAAAAUGCCUGUUGGGAGAAAAAAAAAAAAUCAUAUAUAUCUAUGUCAUUGUUAUGAGUAUUUGUUUUUCCUACAGUAAAUAUCUUUUUAGAGGGUGAUAGAGCUGGAAGCUGAUGAAAACCAUUCAUAUUUUUGGAUGAGGCAGGCUUUACCUGUUAUGGACGGACUCAGACACAAAGGUGAUGGGUGAGUAUGAGGUGGUUUAUUAAAACAGGUUCAGCACACAGGUGAAUCGAGAGGUCUUGAGAGGUGAGUAGAUGUCUUGUAAACAGCAAUACUAGUGAGGAUGAUAAGGUGGUGAUAACUCUUUUCUUCUUCCAGGAAUACAGGUAGGCGAGACAGGUUGAAUCCAGGGAGUGACACACACACACACACACACACACACACUUCGUGCUGGGACUUCUGCAGAGAGAGAGGGCGACACAAGGAGGAGGAACACAGGAGGCAAGUUAUACAAGCUCAUUAUCUCUGCUCGCAGGAUUGCUGUGAUUGGCUGAGCCGGACGUCAGUCAUCAUUGAGGCGACGUUCCAGAACCAAUGGGAGGCCGUUCAGCUGGUUUUAAGAGGAUGGCGCGUUCAUUCGUUGGUGUUGUUUUUUUUGUCUUCUGUGUAGCGAACUGAGUAUUGAGCUCUGUGGAGCGAUCUGAGUGGUGUGCUAUGUGUUAGUGUGUUUGUUUUACAUCACGGGAAGACGAACGGUAGGUCAGUAUGCCGCGGUAUACACUGCCCGUAGGUCUGUCUCUGUUAAGCACACUAGGUUAGUGGUGAGCGCCACCCUUUGUACUUUUGUUAUUUAGUUAGGUUAGUUAGCGCCGCGUGCGUGAAGAUUUCGGCUUCUUUUUCACAUUUUGCUUUGAGUAGGAUUAGGGUUAGUUUAAGGAUUAUUUUUGUUAUAUUAUGUUUUUUUCUUUGGCGCCACUUUUUUCUUGUUUGUCUUCCCAUUUUUUUUUCUUCUUUAUUAUUCCAUUGUACAACGCUCAUCAAUAUAUUACUGGAACUAGUGGCUUCGGCUUUUAUGUGAAUAAACCCAGUAAUUGUCUCUUGCAAAGAUUGUCUGUCAUGUUCUUCCAGCCUACUUUACAUCAUAGCAGCAUUUUAAUAUGUUGAUGUUACGAUAUAUUCCCUGAGCCGUUUAAAGAUCGUAACAUUAAAUGGGGGCUCGUCGUUUUUUUUUUCCAAGAUAUUGAUUGCUGCUGAUGUGAGUGGUGGAAUGACCAUGUUCAGUGUUUUCUUGUAGAGUAUUAGUGUUCGCGAGGUAGUGGUUAGCAGAUGGACUGGAGGAUUAUAUGGGUAGUGAUUCUGACAGGAGUAAUUAUGGCUGAUUUUGAUUUAGAUACCUUUGUUAGUGCACCUACGGUGGAGCAAUUUGAUAAGUGUAGGAAAGACGAUUUGAUGUGUAUCGCUGCUCAUUUCAAGAUCGCUGUUUCGAAGCAGCGGCUAAAGAAAGAGAUUAAGUCUACUGUAUCCCAAAGGUUGGUGGAAUUAGGUGUUUUGGAGUUGCCUAUCGGUGUCGGUGAUGUUGCCUCUGGUGCGGACGGUCGCCCUGAUGAGGAGGAGCGGAGCGAAACGGCUGAGGUGGAGGGUUCUGAAGCCAAAGCUGUUUUGCCGCCCUAUCCAUCUUCUCCUGGCUCAGAUGAGUCUGGUGCGCGAGGGAAGGUCCAUUUAGCACGAUUGCAAAUGGAGUCACGCGAACGGGCAGAAAGCCGUCGAAUGGAGGCAGAUAUGAAAUUUCGACUUGAAAUUCGCAGAAUUGAGGCGGAGACGCAGGUGAGGCUGCAUGAGCUUGAAUUGAGUGCAGGCAACAUGACACCUGUUCCAGUUACGCAACCUUUACAGCCCGCUGAUGCUGGUUUGGGGGGAACCACCUUUGAGGUCAGUAGACAUAUUUCUCUUGUGCCGCAGUUUCGGGAAACAGAGGUUGAUUCGUAUUUUAAUGUAUUUGAGCGGAUUGCGUCUACACUUCAGUGGCCCAAAGAUGUCUGGUCGUUACUGUUGCAGUGCAAAUUAACUGGGAAAGCCCAAGAUGUUUGCGCUACAUUGUCGUUAGAGGAUAGCAUGAAGUAUGAAGCAGUAAAAGCUGCAAUUUUGCGUGCUUAUGAGCUGGUACCCGAAGCUUACAGGCAGCGGUUUAGAAGCCAUAAGAAGAAUUCUAAUCAGUCAUUUGUUGAAUUUGCGAGAGAAAAAAGCGUUUUGUUUGAUAAGUGGUGCAUAUCGAGUAAGGCGAAUGAUUUUAAAGACAUGCGAGAAUUAAUUCUUCUAGAGGAAUUUAAGAAUUGUUUAUCUGAGCGUGUUGUCACUUACUUAAAUGAACAGAAAGUGUCAUCUUUGUCGCAAGCUUCUGUUUUGGCAGAUGAAUUUGCAUUGACGCAUAAAAAUGUGUUCACUUUUGCGCGUUCUGAGAGAGCUGUAUCAUUUCAAGGGGAGUUGAAUAGUUCAUCACGUCCGAAACCAGCAAUUGUGAGAGUGAAAGAGGAUCGCGAAUGUUUUUAUUGUCACAAACCUGGUCAUUUAAUUGCUGACUGUGUUGUGUUAAAACGAAAACAGUCGAAUUAUGUACAUAAGAGCGCUGGUUUUGUUAAAGUGGUUGAUCCUGUUAAAAUUGAGCAUAGUGACAAGCCUGAUCCUAGUUACGUUCCUUUUCUGCUGGAAGGGUUAAUUUCCGUUACGGGAAGUUCUGAGGAGCAGAUAUGCAUAAAAAUGUUGCGGGAUACUGGGGCAAUGCAGUCUUUUAUUAGUGCAGAUGUACUGCCGUUUUCUGAGCAAACUUAUUGUGGCAGUAAUGUGCUGGUACAGGGCAUUGAGAUGGGUUUUGUCCAGGUUCCGUUGCAUCAGGUUCAUUUGGAGUCAGAAUUGUGUACAGGGUUUGUGAAGGUGGCCGUUCGUGAGAGUUUGCCUGUUGGAGGAGUACAAUUCAUCCUUGGCAAUGAUUUAGCCGGUGGGAAAGUCAUGCCUUUGCUGGAAGUGUUUGAUAACCCAGUUCUGUCAGAUCAGCCUGAUGAACUGUUGAGGUCCUAUCCUGAAACCUUUCCAGUUUGUGCAGUUACGCGAGCUCAGUCUCGUAAAAUGGAUGCUGAAGAUUUGGCUGAAACAUUUAUGGCACCUGUUUUUAUAAGUGAUGUGUUACCCCAUGAUGAGAGUAAAAUUGUUGAAAAUUCACCUGUUCUGAGGACUUUGAAUGUAAAAUUGCGUGUGACGCGCGAUGGGGUUAUUGCUGCUCAAAAAGAGGAUGAAAGUCUUCGAAAGUGUUUUGAUGCGGUUGUCCCUCUAGAGAAAAUUCAAGAGAGAAAAACUGCUUAUUUUGUUGAGAACGGGUUACUGAUGCGUAAGUGGUGUUCUGAUAGUGCAGAUGAUGCUGAAUGGAAUAGUGUGUAUCAGAUUGUGAUUCCUUCUUGUUAUCGACCACAAGUUUUAUCUUUAGCUCAUGAUCAUGAUUUGUCAGGACAUCUAGGAAUCAAGAAAACCUAUCAUCGAGUUUUAAAACACUUCUUUUGGCCGAGAGUAAAACUGAUGUCACACGUUUUGCCGCACCUGUUGCACCUGUCAGAUUACUGGUAA